AUGAUGAUCAAAGUGAGAGAUCUAACAGGUACAGAAAUCGAUAUCGAGAUUAAUGUAAAGGACUCGAUUGCUUGGAUCAAGGAACGGAUCGAAGAGAAACAAGGCAUUCAUCCUUCUCAGCAGAAGCUCGUCUUCGCCGGGACACAACUUGCUGAUGACGACCAAACCGCCAAACAUUACGACCUCCAACCUGGUAGUCUAGUUCAUCUCGCUCUUGCUGUUACAGGUGGUUAGGUUUUUUUGG